GGAUGUAAUUUGGUUAAUGUUUGGUUUCGACCGUACCCGGGGUCGAGGGCGCGGGCGUAAAUUGUGAUAUCUGUCUUGACUUGACUCCAAACAUUUUGGCGAAUCAAUAGCAUUAUUUACUCCGUGAUAUGAUAAAUAUUUUCAUCCAGAAGCAAGUUAUCAACGGGAUUCUGGAACUCUCUCAAUGAAUACGGGGAUUGUAAAUUCUUCUUGUACCAAGUACAAGCUCCUGAAAUGGAAGGUGUGACAUGAGCAAGAGAACUAAUCAAGGAAUUAUAAGCCAAAAUUUGAAUAUUAAAGAAGGAAUUGACAGAUCUAUCAGUCAUGUUGUAGAUGCAGGAGAUUUCAAUAGAGCGAUUGAAGACUUUUUGAAUCAGACUUGUGAAGAUUACAAGAACUCAGCAUGAGCCGUUUUCUAAGGAGGAGGAGUAACACUGCCACGCCUACAGUGAGUUCUCCGCCUCCAUCUGCUAGUCAUCAUUCACAAGAGAGGGCACUAUCACCUGAGGCGGAGGCACAGCAAGUGCGCAUUGAGGUCUACUUGAACCAUUGGCAGCAGAUCCAAGCAAUAGUCAACAAGGUUUUCAACAGCCGUCGAAGUUGGUCCAAGGUCACCAAUGAUGAUGUCCAAACCGUUGUCAACUACACCAUCCAGAUGAUGCAUCUCCUGGUGGAGGAGGAAGCUCCUGCUCAGGGUACCAUCGGUCGUCUCCUGGAGAUCCUCAUUCAGGAGAAUAUCCUGGAGAAGCUGUACAUCUGGAGCGAACGUGCUGGCGACUUUCAGGAGGAUGCCAAGCGAGAACUCCUGAAGAUCUACGAGCUCAUCAUCGGCCAGUGCAAACAGUCUGUGUUGAUGCAUCCUGCAAUCCUCAAUCCAUUGCUUCGGCUUCUGUUAGCCUGUUGGGAACACUCAAGGGAGGAUACAGAGAGGCAGCUCAUUCCCUUGCUCCAGGCUCUCUGUAUAUCUCUCUCCCAGGAUCCUAAUCUCCUCGAGUUCCUUUUCCAUGCCAGUCCAAGCAAGGGGCCGGCAAAGUUUCUUCUCUUCUCUCUGCUUAUCCCUUACAUCCAUCGAGAAGGGUUAAUGGGUCAACAGGCUCGGGAUGCUCUCCUACUGUGUAUCUCUGUGUCAGCCGAAGCUAAACAUAUUGGGAAGUACAUUGCAGACAGCACCAAUCUCUGUCCGGUAAGUAAAUAUUUCACUUGUCCUUAGAUCUUUAGGAGGGAAAUGAGUUUGGAAGUUGUUCAUUAUUGUUAACAGUGUAGAAUAAUAGAAUGUAAACAAACUAUCCAAAUGUGAUUUUAAAAAUUAGAUAGAAAAACAUAUUAAUAUUUUAUUAAUGUCAUCAAUCAGAUUGUGGUUGAGCUCAUUGAUAUGUGAAAUCUACCUUUGAUCAGGUAAUUCCAUGGACGUAUUGUAAAACUAUGUACAUUAUGUGCUACCCAUACCAUAAAUUAUGAAACAGAAAUGCAUCAUUGAAUAAAAUGCAAGAUUGAUUUUUUUUACAUGUAGAAUUGCUGUGAUGAAUUUAUUUGAAAAUGUGGGGUUAAUGAAGAAUUUAUGUAUAUCAUAUUGUUCCCAUGACGAAAGGAAAUACAAAUAGAGAAUACACUUUCUAUCUGCCAGUCAUUGUGAAAGAGACCCAAGGAAGGUACUAAAUUCAUUCACAAAAAUGAAUAUGGGAAAUGACCUUGAUACUGAAAAUAUGCAAUGUAAAUUCAGAACAUUCUGUAUCGGCCGCACAGAAACACUGUUUAGGUAACAUUGCGCUAACACUGCGCUAACAAAGGGCCCUGUUACAACCGGUAAUCUUGCCGCGAUGGCUAAUGUCAAAGCAUGGAGCUAUUAAUGCAUUAUUUACAUCUGGGAUCAAAGAUUGUGGCUUGACAUCACAAUCUGUCAUUAUUCUUUAACGAAUCGGCUACUAGCAACAUGGGUAGAAUGAUCGCACAGAAGGCGCAGAAAGCACUGUUAGGGCGCCGUUAGGCGCGAGUGUUGUUAGGGGAUUUGAGUCAGGCAAAAUCUGUAAUUUGUGCGUAGUGAUCUAUUCUAGAUUUAACUUGAGAUUUAGUCAUGAUUAUUUGCACAUCCUACAAGUUUAAAAUCUUGUCUAGGAAAGGGUAAAGGAAUGUAAUGUAUUAUAGGCCUACAAAAAUUUCAUUAAAUAUUAUUGUAUCCCCCGAGCAGAGUUCGGAGGAUACUAUGGAUUUGGCCUCGUCCCGCCGCCGCGUCCGCCGCAGAUAUUUCCUUGUGAGCGCUCUAUGAGCUGCAUUUCUUCUCCGAUCAUCUUCAAAUUUGGCAUGAAGGUUGAGUAUGGUAUAGCGAAGAAGCCUAUCGAUUUUGGUGUGGGCGGAGACAUCGUUGCCAUGGUAACAAGUUUUUUUGUGGAAAUAGCAGAGAUGUCCUUGUGAGCACUCUACCAGCUGCAUUUCUUCUCCGAUCAUCUUCAAAUGUGGCAUGAAGGUCCAUUAUGGUAAAGCAAAGCCGCCUAUUGAUUUUGGUGUGGGCGAUGACAUCGUUGCCAUGGUAACAAGAGUUUUUGUGGAAAUAGAAGAGAUUUCCUUGUGAGUGCUUUACUGGCUGCAUUUCUUCUCCAAUUAUCUUCUGAUUUGUCAUGAAGGUUUAUUAUGGUAAAGCAAAGCUGGCUAAUGAUUUUGGAGUGGGUGGAGACAUGGUUGCCAUGGUAACCAUAUUUUUGUGGAAAAUUUGGUAAAACCUGUAACUUCUGCUUUUUUUCCGGUUUGUCAUACAUGUAACAGUUGGCACACAGAAGCAAUAUUAGAAGGUGAAGCGAAGAUGCCUAUAAUUUUUGUCGGGGGGUCUUAGGGUUAGGUUUAUAAAAUAUAUCCAGAUUACUCUAUAAUUGUAUUCCCCAACAGGUGAUACUGGACAAUAUUUUAGGUUCUGCAGAGUCAUGCUGCUACGUCAUAUUAUUGUCAUCAAAUUUGGUACCCACAGGCAAAAUGUGGUCAGGGUCAUUGUCGCCAUGACAAUUGUAUUUAUUUGUUGAAUAUCUGUGUGAGCUCUAUAUACGCAAUGACGGAUGACGCGGUGGGUUCGGGGGAUACAUGUGCUCGGCCGUGCGACCCACCGAGCAUCUCUAGUUAUAUUUUAAACAUGAAAUGACAGUAAGUAGUAAAUAUAUAUUUAUAAUUUACUAAUUUAAUUUUAAAAAUAUCGAAUAAGAUUGAAAAAAGAUCAAGAAAAUUAGCCUAUUAUGAAUUGAUAUUACGAUGGAGAUUCUGUACCAAAAGAAAAUGCAAUCCGACUUUUCAUCAGUUUAUUUUGUUUGAAAAUGCUCUUCGCAGACUUCACUCAAUAAUCAAGCUCAUGAAAGAGUAUUUGCCAAUGAUGAUUAUCAUGCGACAAAUUUCAUCAGCUAUUGUUCUUCUUUCUAAUGUAGGGUCUAUUCUUAAAAAUGUCUUCAAAGACUUUUAAAAAAUGAUAUAUCUUGGAAGAAAAAAAUCUUGAUGAAAAGGAUCAUAUCUUGGCACUAAUCAACAUCUUCCGCUAUACCCAUUCUUAAAGGGGUAUUUCAGGCUGGAGAAAAUAAUAUGGUUUGAACAGUUAUUAAGUGAGAGAAACAAAACACUGAUAAAUUAAUAAUAUAAUUGAAAAUGAAUACAAAAAAUUAUGCUAUCUUAAAAUUUUGCAUUAAUUAGGCCCUAUUUCGGUGAAUUAUAUUUCAUGUCUUCAGGAAUAUGCAAUGAGGGUAUGUUGUAUCAUACAAAAUUAGGUUUAUUUGAAUUUUGUCCACCCAGAAUAUUGCUUCAAAGAUCAUCAUUUUGUUACUCGGGUGACAUGCACACAUUCAAGACAAUUAUGAGUUCAUUUCAAUAAAAUCAGAAAAAGAGGAAAGAGCUAGAGGAUAUGGCAUCAUCGUUCCAUUUUAUUAUUGCAUAUUCAUGGCCACAUGCUGCUCAGUAUUAUCAUUUGCAAAAUACAGUGUUAAAUUUUUAAUAUUCAAGAAUUUUGUUAUUUUUUAUCAGAUUUUGAUGAAAUUAUCAUCAAUGUGCUCAUCUAAUUUUACUCUAUUUAUUCAUAUAUUCUUGUGUGGGCCCGGAAUACCCCUUUGAUUCGGUCGAGUCUAUUUCAAAUUACUUGGUAUAAGAAAGUGAGACAAGUUUUAAAAGGAGAAAUUAUUCACAGUUAACAUCGUCACUAUUGGUGCCCUUGGCACUGUUAGCGAUUUGUAUUAACAUUAGCGCCACUGUUAGCUUAUGCUGGGCUUUUUAUUGUUAGAUUAUUAGGAAUUCGGCUAAGCUUCUGUGAGUUUAUCGAUACCGAUUGGCCUCCUGUUUUUAGUGCUCUGUUAAUCGUGAAAACAAUGCGUCUAGGUGGUGUCGCCCGUGAAAGAUGUGACUGGCCCUACUGUUUUAAUAGCGUUUUGUUAUGCUUACAACGCUUCUGUGCGGCCGCCACUGAUCUUUGAUAUAUGAUGCAACUAUUAUCCAAGCAAGCUUAAAUCCAAGAUUAGUAUUCUCAGUGCAUUGGAAAACAAUUUUUUUUAGGAGUGAGGUAGUUUAUGAAUUACAUGUAUGUUAGUACCAAGUUCAAAUAAUUGAUAUCCUACAGUAAAAAGUGUUGAAAAAUUCCUUUUUAAAUUAAGUAAAAAAGAAGGAGAUACCAUAAUCAAAUAAUGCUUUACAAAUGGAAUUUCAUCUGUCAUCAAAAUCAAUUUAAUCUACAUGUAGGCCUAUGUCAUUCCAAAGAUGUUAUUAUUAUUAUUAUUAUUUAUUUGGCCAUAAAAAAAUAUACAAACAUUGUACAAUACAAAAAUAUAAUUUGAAAUCGAUUUUUUAUUUAUUUAUUUUAAAAGUAG